CGGGAUGUGAUCAACGAAUACAACACCAGCUCUCAGGCGCUUCUCAAAGCCCAGGGAGUCUAUAAAACACACAUAAAUACAGAAUACGUUCCGAUCACACAUUUUAUAAGCGCCGAGCGCUGGGACUUUACGCCCGGAUCUAUGGGUCAGCCCUCGCGUAAUACCGAGAUUAAAGUCGUAGACACAAACACCGGACACAGUCUACCCGUCAAUACAGAGGGACUGAUAUGCGUGAGAGGACCCAAACUCUUCACCGAAUAUCUCAACAUCGGUUCCACCUAUGAUAUAGACUCCGAGGGUUGGCUCCGGACGGGAGAUAUCGGACACUACGAUGAGAGGCACCGGUUGUUCAUCACAGACCGGAUCAAAGAGAUGAUCAAAUGGACGACAUAUCCGGUCUCUCCCACAGAGUUGGAGCUCUUCCUACAGACACAGCCAUCGGUGGCCGAAGUGGCCGUCAUUGGUGUCAGUCAUCGCACUGAGACUCAGUGGCCCCGGGCUUAUGUGGUCCGGAGGCCCGGCUAUACCACCACCGGUCAAGAGCUGUGCCAAUAUGUGUCCGACUCCCUGGGCUUUGAGAAGCGCCUGAGAGCUGGUGUUGUAUUCGUUGAUCACAUCCCGAGAACUAACAUCUCAAAAGUGGACCGAAAAUACUUCAAACAAUUGGUGGCCAACGAGUUGUUGGACUAA